AUGGCUAAUCAAUCAAUUGUUGGAACAUUAAAACAGCUCACUGAAACAUCGUCAUUUGAAGUACGUUCAAAAAUACUAUUUAUACUAAUCGGUAUUCUUCUCGGUAUGUUUAUUAUUUCUACAAUUGUAUUGACUGUUCUUCUUGCUCGUGCAAAAACCACGAAAUCUGCAGAUGUUAAUAAUGAUUUAUGUUUGAAUCCAUAUUGUAUCAAAGCAGCUAAUUAUCUCGUCGAUAGUCUUGAUCAAUCAGUUGAACCAUGCGAAGAUUUUUAUCAAUUUGUUUGUGGAACAUGGAUUAAAAAUAAUAGAAUACCUGAUGAUGGUAAAUCAAAUUGUUGUCUUUGUGAGAGUGUUGAUGCCUAG